AUGAACGCCUUCAUGGUGUGGGCGCAGGCCGCCCGCAGGAAGCUGGCGGACCAGUACCCGCAUCUGCACAACGCCGAGCUCAGCAAGACCCUGGGCAAGCUCUGGCGUUUAUUGAGUGAAAACGAGAAGCGUCCCUUUGUGGAAGAAGCCGAGCGGCUCAGGGUGCAGCACAAAAAGGAUCACCCGGAUUAUAAAUACCAGCCCCGGAGGAGGAAAAGCGUGAAAGCCGGGCAGAGCGACUCCGACUCCGGGGCCGAGCUCAGCCACCACGGCGGGACACAGAUCUACAAGGGGGACAGCGGGCUGGGGGGCAUGGCCGACCCCCACCACCACGGGGACCACACAGCCGACUACGGCUCCUACAGCGCCCAGGCCUGCGCCACCACCGCCGCCAGCGCCACGGCCGCCGCCUCCUUCUCCAGCUCCCAGUGUGACUACACGGACCUGCAGAGCUCCAACUACUACAACCCCUACCCCGGCUACCCCUCCAGCAUUUACCAGUAUCCCUAUUUCCACUCGUCCCGCCGGCCCUACGCGACGCCCAUCCUCAACGGCCUGUCCAUCCCGCCGGCGCACAGCCCCACCGCUAACUGGGACCAGCCGGUCUAUACGACCCUGACGAGGCCUUAAAGGAUGUGUGGGGCCCCUCCAGGGCUUCCCAGAAAUGUGCACUAAUGAAGGAAUGAAGAGGAAGAGCGUGGAGUGCCGCGAUAGUUUCCAAAGUGCCUCCUGAGCCACUGGGAACUCUGCUCGUUGCGACUGGACGUCCCCUUGCUUCGAAACUCUCCAAAAGGACAGAGCUCUAUUUUUUUCUUUGAUGAGUAUGAUUUAAAGUAAAAAAAAAAAA